ACAAUAACAAAAAAAAUGACAACACACACAUUCAUAUACACAAUAACCAAACAUUUGUUGAGCAACAAAUAACAAUACAAAAGUCUAUAGAACAAAGAAACAUAGUAACAGAUACAAUGAACUUGAAGUAAAUAACCAAAACUACAAUAUAAUAACAUACACUUGUAAAAAAAAUAAAUGAAAUUAGGAGUGGGAGGAGAACAAACCGAACUCACGAGUGGAGAAAGAGUUCCGGUGGCGGUCGGACAGAGAUCUUGAACGGUUGGUAUUGUGAGGCUUGUUGUGUUGGUGAUUUUUUCGGUGAGUUUGGAAUGGUUGCAAGAUGAAGUUGGAUGUAGAGUUUCACGUGAAGGUGAUGGUGGUUUCUUCACUUACAGUUGAAGAGCGAAGAUGAGAGCAAGUGUUACGUGGAAUGUGAUGGAGAAAGAAUUUUACAAGGUUUUUCUGUUGAGUUUUCGAUCUCUCUUUGCUGACAAUCACGGUCGAGCUUGUUGCUAAUCCUUCAAUUAUUUUCAUGAUGUACUCUUAAUUUGUUAUUGACUGAUCUUUUCUUAGAACCUGUUGUUUUGUUAAGACCUUUUGAGUUGUGCACUCUAACUGUUUUGGUACAAAUCAAUUUUCCUGGUUGUAUGCUUCAUGAUGAGAGUUCCAUAUUUUCACAGUCAUAAUGUCAAGACCAGCCCAGCUUAUAACAGACAUGACACCUAGUCUUAAUGUGUGGAAAAUAGCUGUUCGUGUUAUCGACUUGUGGAUUGUCAAGGAGCGCAACGGGAACCAACACCUUGAAGCUAUAUUACAAGAUAUAAAGGGAAACCAAAUACAUCUCAUCACCCGCAACCGCGAACUAGAUGCCUGGAAAGAUACCUUACUGGAGCAUCAAGCUUUAAUGGUUUACAAUGGAGAACCACUAAUCAAUGACCUCCCUUUAAAAGUUUGUGACAACAAUUACAAACUAUUUUUCAACGCUACAACCAUAAUCACAAGCAUUGACAUGCCUAAAGUUCCUCUGCACACAUUCAAUAUUUCAAGCCAUUUGGUGAAUUCUUUAGUGGUGAUUUCAAUGUUGAUCAUCUAUACGGUAUUCAUUCAUACUGUUUUUUCCGAUUACGUGUUAAUCUUUAUGUACACUAACUCAGUGUUGGUUUUCCUUCAAACAGAUGUCAUUGGUGUACUCCAGCAAGUAUGAGGACCCAGGUCGGUGGAACGGGCAAAAAAUCUUGCAUCAACUUUGUGUUGUCGGAUGAAUUGUAUGUCAUAUUACAAUUCAGUUUUGUUGUAUACACCACAUGGUUUUACAUGGUAUUCCUCAAAAUGAAGA